CCACUGCUCCGCUCCGCUCCAGUCUGGCGCUCUCCUGCUGCACGCCAGGCUGCUUUGGUCGCCUCCCCGGCCGCCUUUCUCAAGCAGCCAUGAACCGAGUGGGGAAGAAGGAGAAUGAGGAGACCCUCAUCGAGAUGGAUCGGGCCAACGACGGAGAAGAAGCCAAUGGGCCUUCAUUUGAAAAUAUAUCGAACACAGAUUCAGAACUUCGUUGCAAUUCUGAGGGCCUAAGUACCACUGAGUCUACAUUACUCAUCUCUGACCUUCAAGGGAAGACGGGAAGGAGGUUCAAUCUGUUCCUGAAGCAACGUCUCAGGAUUGACAAGCGACAUCAAAGCAAAGACUCUGUUUUCUUCAGAGAUGGUGUCCGGCGAAUAGACUUCGUACUUGCUUAUGUGGAUGAUCCAAAACUGGAAGGGGAAAAAAAAGUGGACCGGAGACGGAAAUUUGAGAACAAUUUAGCAAAGGCCGGUCUGGAACUGGAAACUGAAGACAAGAAGGAUUCUGAAAAUGGCAAAACCUACUUUGUGAAGAUUCACGCGCCAUGGGAGGUUCUGAUCACAUAUGCUGAAGUGCUGAACAUCAAAGUACCCAUCAAAGAAAAUGAUAUUCCUUGUCCCGAAGAGAACCCUUUGGACUGUAUAUUUUGGCCAUUUAAGCUGCCUGAAAUUGUGAUGCACCCAGAACCAGACUACUUUACAGCCCCAUUUAGCAAGGAAAGGCAGGAACUCUACCUCAUUGAUGACGAGAAUACUUUUUUCUCCCCAUCUGUCAGAAACAGAAUUGUUUACUAUAUUUUAACAAGAUGUCCAUAUGGAACAGAAGAAGGGAAGAAGAAGUUUGGAAUAAAGAGGUUGAUAAAUAAUGGCACCUACACUGCUGCAUACCCCCUUCAUGAUUGCCAGUACUGGAAGAGGGCAAAUGAUCCAAAGUGUGAAAAUGAAAGAUACACACUGUACCGAGAGUGGGCGAGGUUUCCUCAGUUUUUCAAAGAACAGCCCUUAGAUCUUAUCAGGAAGUAUUAUGGAGAAAGGAUUGGAAUAUAUUUUGCCUGGCUGGGUUUCUACACUGAGAUGCUGUUCUUUGCAGCUGUCGUUGGUUUAAUUUGUUUUUUGUAUGGUGCGUUCACUAUGAAUGAAAAUAUGAGUAGCCAAGAAAUAUGUAACUCCAGUAUUGGAGGAGAGAUUAUUAUGUGCCCGCUAUGUGAUCGAAAAUGUGAUUACUGGAGGCUGAACUCCACUUGUGAGUCUUCAGAGUACUCCCAUUUGUUUGACAAUGUGGCAACCCUCUUUUUUGCCAUUUUUAUGGGCAUUUGGGUUACGCUUUUCUUGGAGUUCUGGAAGCGGCGGCAAGCUCGACUUGAAUACGAGUGGGAUUUAGUUGAUUUUGAGGAGGAGCAGCAGCAGCUCCAGCUACGGCCAGAGUAUGAAGCGAAAUGUACCCAAAAGAGAAAGAAUCCAGUAACUCAGGAAUUUGAAUUGAUUAAGAGGAAGAGCGUACAUGACUAUGGGAAACUGAGCUUGUUGUACUUUGGAAUAUUGUUUUGGAUCUCUUUGAUCAUAGCAAGUAUGAUAGCUGUGAUAGUUUACCGCCUUGCAGUCUACGCUGCUUUUGCCAGGUUCAUGGAGGACACACAAACCCUGCAGCCCAUUCGAGGUUUACUGACGCCACAACUGGCAACAUCAGUCACUGCAUCAUGCCUGAAUUUUGUUAUCAUUAUGAUACUGAAUUUCUUAUAUGAGAGGAUAGCCAUCUGGAUCACAGAUAUGGAAAUCCCAAGAACUCAUCUUGAAUAUGAGAACAGGCUUACUAUGAAAAUGUUCCUAUUUCAGUUUGUCAACUAUUACUCUUCAUGUUUCUACGUGGCUUUCUUCAAAGGGAAAUUUGUGGGAUACCCUGGUUCUUACACAUACAUGUUUGAUAGCUGGAGAAAUGAAGAGUGUGAUCCUGCAGGAUGUUUGAUAGAACUGACGACACAGCUUACCAUUGUCAUGGCUGGCAAACAGAUCUGGGGUAACAUCCAAGAGGCUAUUGUACCCUGGAUCUGGAAUUGGUGGGGCCGUCGGAAAGCCAGGAGCAAUCCAGAGAAUUUAUACAGUCGAUGGGAGCAAGAUCAUGAUCUGCAGAUCUUUGGAGCUUUGGGCUUAUUCUAUGAAUACCUAGAAAUGGUUAUUCAGUUUGGAUUUAUUACUCUCUUUGUGGCCUCUUUUCCUUUGGCUCCACUACUUGCUCUGAUGAAUAAUAUCUUGGAGAUUCGUGUAGAUUCUUGGAAGCUUACUACUCAGUAUAGAAGGCCAGUGGCAGCAAAAGCCCAUAGCAUAGGAAUUUGGCAAGAAAUCUUAAAUGGGAUGGCUAUCUUGUCUGUUGUUACAAAUGCAUUCAUUGUAGCCUUCACAUCUGAUAUGAUCCCUCGAUUGGUUUACUAUUAUGCCUAUUUCACGGAUACUGGUUCACCUAUGAGUGGGUACAUUAACGACAGCCUCUCCAUAUUCCAAAUCUCAGAUUUUCCUGAAAAUAACAGACCUGAUGAAAACCCAGGCAACUUUAUUACUUGCAGGUACAGGGACUAUCGGUAUCCGCCAGACCAUGAGAAGAAAUACACACACACAAUGCAGUUCUGGCACAUUCUGGCUGCGAAGAUGGCUUUUAUCAUUAUUAUGGAGCAUGUUGUCUUCAUUGUCAAAUUCUUCGUGGCUUGGAUGAUCCCUGAUGUCCCAGCUGAGGUGAAAGCCAAAAUAAAGCGAGAGAAGUACUUAACGCAAAAAAUCCUACAUGAGUAUGAACUCAAUAAACUGAAGCAGAAGCUGUGUGAAGGCAGGACCAACGCCAGCAUGGAAAAGGAAGUCAUAGCCACUGAAGGGCGAGUGGAGUUGUCAGAGGUCAUGUGACCUGAAGAGAGGCUUUCUGCCUGGAACUCCAGGCUGUGAAAUGUGGUUGUUGUAUGCCAUGAAAGCUGUCUGGCAUUUUAACCAAUUUACUUUCGGACCUAAAAAUUGUACUAAAGCGAAUGGAAAGAGACAGCAUGGAUUGGCUGUUAGGCAGUCAGUGAGCCUGCCUUUUGGGGUUCCAUAUUCUUGCUGCUGUGUAACCUUGAAAAACCUACUUUGGCUCAUGGCACUGCAAUGUCUUCUGCCUUGUCUUUAAGAUUGUCUUAAAUGUGUUUGUAAUGAAUAGCUCCUGAAGUUCCAUAUUUCCAGCAUUGGCUCGAAGUCACAGCUUCCAGAGUGUGAGAAGGGCUUCCCUAGUUCAGGCAGUUGCCAUGGAAGACACAAACUCUUCCCUCACCAGGCCUAGAUUUACUGUGUAUAUACGUGAAUGGAUAAGGCCAACAGUCUGAUAUGCAGUCCUCCAUUUGUGCACUGUUGACUGGUGAUGCUAGAGUCAAAAGGGAAGUUUCUAUCCUUCUUUUGUACUGUUCUUUGGAUCUUAAAGUGCACCACAGACUCUGGUGAUCCUGUCUUAUUCUUGUUUACCUUAUCUACCACACAAGGGGACAGUGGGAACUGAACUGCCAAUCUACUAGUCAUAGUUAAUCAUGGUAAGGCAGAAAGGGCUUAGUACAGCAAGUACAGGAAUCUUUGAGAAGCCUUUGCUGAAAGCCACUCUAACAGACAACCUAAAAGCUAACACUGAUUUUAGGAAAUCCAAUGCCUUGCUCAGUAUUAAAGAAGUAAUUGUAUGUAAUUCUCUGCUUGCUCAUAGUGGCAUACAGUUUUCUAGCUUUAGCCUUAAUCAAGGAUUUGAUACUUGGAACAUUACUUGGAAAAUCUUACACAUAUCACAGAUGUGCAAUUCUGACACACAAAACUGCACCUUCAAGUGGCUCCUGAAGUGUUUAGGUUAUUUUAUAGGUUAUUUCUAAGAUUCAAAUAACCUGAGUGUAGAUUAACAGUACAUGAACUGUAAUGCUGAAUUUUAUAUUUCAUAACCCAAACCUAACAAAAAUCAAAAACUAUGAAUGCAUUUUCAUAAUUUAUUUUUCGCCUCAUAGUUUCCAUCAGAUGCUUUCUCAAAGUGAAUGUUAAAUACAGAAAGUUUGUGAAAUUAUAUUAUUUCAGUGUUAUAGAGAUGUUUUGCUGUUUUACCUUAGGGUUCACAAUUUUUUAAAAAAACAUUUUUUGACUGUUUUAUGAGUAGCAGUGGUGAGGGAGUAUUCUUAAAGUAAAUAUAAUAUGGGAUUGGAAAUACAUUUAGUAAUAGCCAGAACCACUGAAGUAAUCUGGAAUUUGGAAUUGACUACAGUAGUUAGGAUAUCAGGACCUUGUUCCAGAAAAAAAUGUUAAAAUAGUUUCACAUAUUCAAGUCCUUGAAGAAGUCAUGCACAGGGCCAUGAUCUGAAAACAAAGCCAUUUGUUGUGAAUCUGCCUUAAUAGUAAUUUUAUUUGUGUUUGUACAGAAUGCAUUCUUAAUAUUUAAUGAAUGAAAGAUCCCCAGUGCAAAGAAAUAUGGGAGGGGGGGUGUUUUUUAAUAUUGUCAAGCAAAACAUUUCUUUUUCUCCCUUGAGACAAUUUCUCAGAUUUAUAGUAAAUUCAGUGUACGCUAUGCAUGCACAUCUAGCUAGAUGCCUUUUUCAGGUAGUAUCCUUCUUUUGUUAUAUAAUUUUAAGUAAUUACAAGUAUUUUUGAAGUUUUGCUACAUUUUUACAGCUAAGCCUACUCUAUACUGCUUAGUGCCUUGUUUAUAUGUACUUGGGACGAAAACAAUGUGAAAACACUAAUAGUGUAAAUUGUGUAGCGUAAUGUAUCAUAUGAGUGAAUUCACAGGUAUCAUGAAAGUAUCAGCUUUUAUGCUCAACCAUGUGCAGCAGUAGCUGGUCGGAGCAAGAACGAGGUUUGCAAACUUCCAGAUUUGUUAGUUCUAUGCAAAAUAGUUGAGUGCUAACCAAGAAAAGUUAAGCACUUGCUGAAUUCCUUCACUCUAAAUGAAGCAUGUUGGACGUUGUAAUAUUACAUGAUGUUCAAGUAGUUGCACUUUGAAACUUAUGCUUGCCUGUUAAGUAUUGAAACAAAAAUCCCAGACUGUGUCUUGCAUGUGAGCCAGAGAGCCUGCUGCUUGGUAUAUUUGUAUGCUUUGGGUUCCAUUUCUGAUGAUGUAAGAGCAAAUUGUCCACUUUGAAACACUAUUGUAAAAUACCCAAAUCAAUGAGGCUGUUCUUUCACAGUAUUCAUAUUAUUGGUGGAAAUGCAUUCGAAGUCCUAGAACUUAAAGGCAAAAUGCCCAGAUUAGGUCCACAGUAUCUGCCUCUAAUAGGAAGAAAAUGCUUAUCCUAGCAACUAUGGCCAUGGCUAGACCAGGCCUUUGUCCCGGGAUUGUCCCUGUGUAUCCAAAUGACACACAGGGGAUCCUGGGAGCAGGCAAGGAUAACUCCUCCAUUUGCCUGCGAUAAUCCUGAGGUCUAGCUAAGGCCAAAGAAAGCUAUGCUAUAUUGCACACUAUUCCACAGUGAAUACUUAGGCACCAAGAAUGCUGUAUACAUAGUCUGGUUUGGAUUGCCCAACUUUCCAUGAAGUGAACCUAAUUUCAUAGGUAUCAAUGCUUUGCGGCAGGCAUAUUAGCAUCAGAGAGAGAGUGUGCUCUGUUGGGGGGGGGAAAGGGUUAACUAGUUACCCCGUGCCUGUAGUUACAGUCACCAUUUCCUUCUCCCCCUUGAUUAUGUGAUGAUGCUAAUGAUCCCUGCAUAAUACAAAGAGUUAUGCGUAGAGUUUGGGGGAAAGUGUGGCAUUUAGUUUUCUGCUCUGUAGUUUUCUGCUCUGGAUUACACUGAGGACUAAAUUCAACAUCCUUCAGAUUUUGAAUCAAAAUCUUUUCAGCAUCUUAAAUUGUCUGACAUUAUUUGUGAUGACCUCAGUUUGUUAAAACAGCAUCAUUUAAUUACAGAAGUGUAUGUACAGCUAAGAUUUUUUAAAAAAAACAUAUAUGCAUUUAGUAUGCCAAAGAUGCAUUGCAAUCACCAAAAAUCUACAUAUAUAGCCAAAAAAGCUUCCUCUUAAUUGAGCAUCACUCUGCUGCUACUUUACAAGUGUUCUUAUAAAGCUAAAUGGAGAAUGUGCAGUAUUUGUAUUUUUUUCGUAUUUAAAGUAUUGUUCUAACACUUUUUAUCAAACUGCAGUGUAUCAAACUGCAGUGUAUCAAACAGGAGAGUAAACCGUGUGACUAAAGGUGAACAACAUCGCACAAUCCUAUGCACAUUUAGGAUUACCUGGGGAAUCCUGAGAGUUCUAGGAUUUUUUCUGUCUAAACGUGCAUAGGAUUGUGACCUUAAUAGUCAUUCUUGACACAAAAAUGCCCUCUUGUGUCAAACUCAUGUGUUAUCAUAAACGUUAAAUAUAUUAUUGGCUUGCCACACUACUUAUUUUCAAUUGUGUAAAAUCAAUUAAAACGAACAGGGAGAUGCGGACUGAAAGAACAGGCACAGGCAGAAAUGAAAUGUGGUUGUGUUAUACUCCACCAUGGAUGUGUUGCUGUUUCCCAAGUCCAGUUGAAAUGGAUGUUGCACAAAACCAAUGUUUUUGGUUAUUAUGCCCUCUACCCAGGGCCAUUUUAGCUAGGGGGAUAAAGGAUGUGAAGCUGUGGUAUGCAAAUAACUUGGAGCUUCUGUUUUGGGGAGAUUAUGGGGCAAACCCUAAAUAUGUGCAGAGAUCUCGGCUUCUGAUGCACAAAGCUAAACUCAGACUAACAGCCAUGUAGUGUGGCCUGUAUUCCCCAUGUUUUUGCAGUCCUAACAAGAGUCAAAAACAAGAGUCCCCAGUAGGCCACCAAACAUAGCUAAGGAUUCAUUUGAUGGAUCACAAGCCCAACAGAUCUACUUCGUAUGGGAUUUACUACCAAACACACAUAAUAGGAUUGGAGAUUUGAGUGUCUAUGUAUAAUACAUUCUAAGUCACUGUUGUAUAAAUGCAAGUCCUACUAAAUUUGAGAAGGAAAGCUUCUGUAACUGAGGUCUGGAUGGCAGCAAUGGUGUUCAUUUUUUAUCAGGUAUGUAAUCAGAUGUACUAUAGCCCACUAAAGUAACCAAGUACUGCUGUAUUGUUUUAGUUGCAAUAAAAUUAUUUUGAGGGAGCUUGUAGUGCCUUGUAAUAUCCAGCCACUCAUUUUUAACAAAUAACACCAAGAGAUGGCAUUGCACAAGCUUACCUAUAUGCUCUAGCUUCUGGCUGAGCCAUAGAAUUUCAGAGGCCCAUUAAGUGCCUAACACUCCUCUUGUCCUUAUGUUUAUCAUAUCCCCUACAACUGUUUGUGCGUUUAGUGUUUCUUUGACCUUUCCAUUUACAUUAUCUUCUUUUCACUUGUGAGAUUUCUGGUCAGCCAUUUCCAUACUAUUGCUUGAAAAAUGCAGAGUGAUUUCUUGCUUUUUAGUAUCUAAACAGGACUUUUUCUUUUUUCCCCUUUUUAUUGGACAGUUUUGAGCUUAAGAGCAGACUUGCCUUCUGCAGCAAAGAGGUUUUAUGCCUGAUCGUUGGUGGAUGAAUUUAGUGAUUACAUUUGUGAAAUGUUUGUUUACGUAUAUUACAAUCAUAGUUUUGACAUUUUCUGUGAUGCCUUAAUGACUAGGAGCUGUUAGUUUAGUUGUUGUUGUUUUUUAAAAUGAAAGCUGUGCUUUUAAAAAACACCUCCAAGUUUUCUCAUAGCUCCAAACAUUCAUGUGUCUCCCCAAUGCAUGUAAAGUGAUGUGCAAUGCAAUCCUAUACAAUUUAACACAGAAACCCCAUUGGGUUCAAUGAUAAAUGUCUAGAAUUUCAGCCACCAGCUCAAAUCCAAAGUUCCUUAUAUGCAUCAAUAGGCUGUACACAUGCUAAGGCAAAAGAACCUAUGUGUAUCCACUGUACAAGCAGUACUUUCAGUAGUGAGGGUGGAAACUCACUUUCCCCAUACUCCUAAACAGAGAUCAAGCAAAACGACUAUAUUUUUGUGCACAUGGUUCCAAUCCAGAUACACCCAAUCACUCUCUCUGGAUGUCAGUUAUGCUAUAAUAUCAACCCUUCAUCCUUAACCAUAGAGCUUCGGCUAUGGGGCGGUAUAUAAAUGUAAUGAAUAAAUAAAACCUAAUACAACAGAGGUUUAGCUCCAUUUUCUCAUGCAUCUAAUAAUGCUGGAAUUAUGUGGAAUUCAAGGUACCACAUUCUUACUGCGGAAUAUUCCUUUCCCUCUGCAAAUGUGUGUACAAGAUGAGACAACUUCCAGUGUGUUGAGUGUGAUUGUGAUCAGGGAUUCUCCCAACCCACACCCAAUUUAUUACGAAGUAUUAGACUGCUGUUAAGUGAACAUGAAGUAAAAGUACCAUUUUCUAGCUGAUUUUAAUUGUGCUUUUCAUGGAAAUUCUUGUUGCCAGUUGCAAACCAAAUGGGAGGGGCUCUUAGGAAAAGAGGAAAAAUAUGUUUGCUUAUUGUCCAAGCCUGUUCAAUUUCAGUCACUUGAAUAUGAUGUAUGUUAGACUGAUGGUUUUCAUGUUGGUUUGUGCAAUACACUAAUAUUGGGAUUUUUUAAAAAACAAAAUGUUGAAGUCAACUAACAUAAUAUGAGUCAAAAUGUAUCACCAAAUAAAUUGGUGUUUAUUUUUUAAAUGCUUGUUAAUUGCAAAUGUAUUCAACUGAUUCUGUGAAAUGCUGACUGCCCAUAAAUUAAAGAUUUUGUUUACAA